AUCGCGUGGUAUCUUUGGAUAUUAAAUAUCGUAAAAAUUAUUCUAUACUUUAUCUGUAGUUAUACAUAAUCUAAAUUCAUGUAAUAUAUCAGUCAGUAAUCAGCUGUUCAACUAUGUCAUUCAUAUUUUUUGUAUAUGAUUGCCUAUUGAUCAACAUAAUACUGAAGCACAGUAUAAUCAGUUGUUGAUAGAUUGUUGUUUUAGAUUGAAUAAAUAUUUUUAAAUAAUUUUUAUAACAAUUAAUAAUUGACAGUGAGUUUCUGCAUAAACACGAAAUUUAUAACAUAAAAUUACAGUAUUAUCAAAGUUAUAUAAUAUCAUAUACAUUACCAAAAAUUCUACAAAAGGAAUAGUGUGAAGAGGUUAGAUUUAUAUAUGUUCGUUUGACAGCAUAUGAAGGGGAUAUUUCUGUAAUUUUGAAUUGUGGAAGAUGCGAUGCGUAUAAAAUUCUACACAAGAAUUUUCAGAAAAAUAAUGGGCCAAACACUUAGUGAACCUGUGACAGCUAAGAAUUUAGCAUGCUGUAGAAAUUCAAACUAUCGAGUUGGAAGUUCUUGUAUGCAAGGUUGGCGUAUCAAAAUGGAAGAUUGCCAUGUACAUAUACUUUCAUUACCUGAUGAUCCUGGUACUGCAUUUUUUGCAGUAUAUGAUGGUCAUGGAGGUGCAGCAAUGGCACAAUAUGCUGGAAAACAUCUUCACGAGUAUAUAACUAAAAGAAGUGAAUAUAAAGCAGGUAAUAUUAUUCAAGCAAUACAACAGGGUUUCUUGGAAUUAGAUAGAGCAAUGCAAAAUGAUGCAACACUUAAAGAUGAACAAGCAGGAACUACUGUUAUAGCACUUCUUAUAAAGGAUAAUGUUAUAUAUAGUGCAAAUGCAGGUGAUAGUAGAGCAGUGGCAAGUAUAAAUGGCAAUGCUAUUCCACUUAGUCGUGAUCAUAAACCAACAUUGAAGGAUGAACGUGAAAGGAUUGAGGCUGCUGGUGGUUGGGUUGAAUUUAAUAGAGUUAAUGGUCAACUAGCAUUAACUCGUGCUCUCGGUGAUUUUAUGUUCAAACGAAAUGAACGUAAAUCUCCGCAAGAACAAAUCGUUACUGCCUUUCCUGAAGUUCAAGCCUUUCAAAUAACAGAAGAUUGGGAAUUUGUUGUUUUGGCAUGUGAUGGUAUUUGGGAUGUAAUGACAAGCAAUGAAGUAGUUAAUUUUAUAAGAACACGUUUAGUUCAAUCGAAAUUCGGAACAAGAUUAGAACAAGAUACAUUGGAUCCUGAAGAAAUUUGUGAAGAACUUAUGAAACAUUGCCUUGCACCAGAUGCUUUAAUGGGUACUGGUUGUGAUAAUAUGACAGUCGUUCUUGUAUGUUUUCUUCAUGGAAAACCAUAUUCUCAUUUGAUUUCACGCUGCAAAGAAUCUAUUAGUACAAAUUCUUAG